CGCGCCAGCCCCUCAGUCUUCGAGCAGCAGAGGGAAGAGCUCGUCCGGGAGAUCGCCGUGGGCAUGGAACAAGUCCUUCAGAAUAUCAACCGGUUGAAUCGGAAUCUGGAAAGCAUCAUCGCGGUUGGGAAUGAGUUCGGGUCCGUCGAGGCGCUGUGGUCUCAUUUUGAGAAUUUCAUGGCCAAACCGGACGAA